AAAAGAUGUUAGCAAUAAAGAAAGAAACGCGCAAAAAAAGGUCGGGGAAUCCGAGGAACGCUUUGUUGCUAUCCUCGUCUCGAUAGUGGCGGUGGCUGUGGCGGUGGCCUGCGGCAUCCCCUGUUGUUUUGAGUGUCCCACUGCUCUAAUUUAUAUAUUUUGACCCCGGAAAGUAGAAAUUUCAAUAGGUAUUAGGUGUACUUUCCUUAAUUAUUCGAGCAAAAUUUUCAUUUUUUUUUUUCGUUUAAAAGCCUAAAAGAUUGCGGGGACACGGUGGGAUUCUUCAAGUAAUUGUCGGGCUCUGUUCUGAUCCACCGCAUUGUAUUUAUUUUAUUUUCCCCGAGAAAAUUGGGUGUUUGUGGAGAAAUUUUGCGCUCAUCUAUGUACAUAGGCGUACGUGUAUGCCUCUGCGUGCGUGUGCAUUCGUGUUUUGGAUUCAGGAGACAUUGAAACGUGAAAAGGUCUUCUUUUUAGGGUUUGGCUUUCGCUAAGCAAUUUGGGGAUUAGAGUCAAUCCGAACAAAAAAAAAAAAAAAGNAAAAAAAAAAAAAAUGCCAUUUAAAUCCAUUUUCCGAGAUCUUAAGGGGAAAAAUAGUACGGAUAGCAAGCUAAAGCGACCAGUCAACCACAAGUGUGAAUUAGACCACCGAGAUUUGCAUUUUAAUGCCGAUGGAUCAUCAUCUUCUUCAUAUCCCGUGGCAAAACAAAGCCCGUGGGCCAACUUGCCUUCUGAGCUGCUUCUUGAUAUUAUCGGUAGAGUAGAGGCCAGUGAGACUACAUGGCCGGCUCGUACAGCUGUGGUUGCUUGUGCUGCGGUUUGCAAAUCUUGGAGAGAGAUUACUAAAGAAAUUGUUAAGACUCCUGAAGAAUGUGGUCUAUUCACAUUUCCAAUGUCGCUUAAGCUGCCGGGGCCAAGAGAUUCUCCUAUUCAGUGCUUUAUCAGAAGGGAUAGGGUAACAUCUACAUAUCGGUUAUACCUUGGCUUGAGUCCAGCUCUUUCAGGGGAUGUGAGUAAAUUGCUAUUGGCAGCAAAAAGGGUCAAGAAAGCCACUAAAACAGACCUUUUGAUAUCUUUUGCUCAGAACGAUUUUUCUCAGACUGGCGAUAAUUAUGCUGGGAAAUUGAGGUCCAAUUUUUUCGGAUCAAAGUUUUUUAUUCACGACUGUCGGCCUCUAAGCAACCCUGCAACUACUAUCCAAUCUCAUGGCUGGUCAUGGAAAAGGAUUUCUUCCAAGAAGGUGGCUCCAAGACUGCCCAUUUGCAACUAUAACGUGGCCACCAUAGCUUACGAUCUCAAUGUCCUCCGAACAAGAGGGCCGAGAAGAAUGCGUUGCACUAUGAACUCAAUUCCUUUCUCGGCAAUUCAAGAAGGUGGAUUUGUUCCUACUCCCUCAUCAUAUAAUAAAAAUAAUGGCCUUGAUGGAUCCUUCUGCUCCGUAGCAACUCCCAAUGAACGAAAACAAAAUUCUCGUUCAAGUUCAGUUUUUCGACCCAGCACUGAUGACUCUACUGGAAAUGCUAGCGAACCACUUAUAUUGAGAAACAAAACUCCAAGAUGGCACGAGCAGCUCCAGUGUUGGUGUUUGAACUUCAGAGGACGUGUUACAGUGGCGUCCGUGAAGAACUUUCAGCUGGUGGCAGCUGUGGACCUGUCUCAGAAUAUUCCAGCUUCGGAACAAGAUAAAGUGAUCUUGCAAUUUGGGAAGAUUGGAAAAGAUAUAUUUACCAUGGACUAUCGGUACCCUCUUUCUGCAUUUCAGGCGUUUGCUGUCUGUUUGAGCACCUUUGACACAAAGCCAGUCUGUGAGUAGGCAUUUUGUUAAAUGGUUUCUAAGUUGCUACUACUGAAAAUGGGUUGUAUAUAUUCUUUUUUUAAUGUCUUUUUCAGUCUUCUCAUGUUCAUCCAAUGAUUGAGCUUUAGUUGUGGAUGUAGUUUUGUGGUUUGUGCUUUUGUAUUAUGAACAAAUAAACUGUUUAUAUACUGAUGCUUGGUUUGGUGACUACUUGUGUCAGAAUUGGUGCAUUACAUUUAGAGGAUUCACAACUAAUUGCCUAUUACAGCACACGAUACAAUGAAGGGAGCAUAUUUUUGUGGCUCGUCAUAAAUCAUAAUCAUAAAUACUUAAAAAACGACAGGAUUGUUUAUUGUGUUUGUAUUUGGACGACCAUAUGCCCACUACAUAUACAAUUCUGUGUGAUCUAAAAUGUUCAGGAAAUAUCUGCAUUGUUCUCUUUUUCCUUCUGCUGGCAUCCAACUCGACAACCAUGGCGCCUAGGCUUUUCAGGGUUCUCUAUAUCAGAAUCACUCGUUUCCAAGAGAAGGCCUCUCAAGCACCUUCUUCUCACCAAGGGGUCAUAGGUAAUUUUCUCCGCCUGUGUCAUGUUGUACUCCGCCUUUCUUGCCUCUGCUGGGCUUAUUUUCUCUGCAGCAGUCCAGAUUGACUCCUUUGGGACAUGAGUGACAACAAAGUGAACCCCCGGAUUUCUUUCGGCAAUUGAGGCAUUGAACACAAUAGAGUUAUUGAUUCCUUGUGUGUUGUUAUUCACAUACGCCUCUGUUGGUUGGCCUUCUGCUGUUGCUUUUGCAUCGUCAGACGGUUUUUUCCCUUUUGAGCUUUCUUCUCCAUUGUUUGUUGUGUUUGCAAUUUCACCAGGGUUGACCUUGUAUCCCCUGCUUAUGUGGACUGGCGGCCCGUCUUUUUGAGCAGUGGGCCCCAUUUGCAUUGAGGCACCUCUAUUUUCCCCCGCGAGCGUAAUGAUGCUCACGUUUUUUUCGUUAAACGCAUUUUUGGGGUCUCCGAGGGCCAUUUGGUUGAGAAAUUUCGAGACGUCGUUCUUGAUUUCUUUGUUUGAGGAGAUAUGUUCUCCAUUUUCUUGUGCAGCUUUAUCACGAAUGCCUUCAACUGUGCUCAUUAUCUUCUUCGGUUGAGAAGCUGUGUUGUUGCUGGUUGGCUCUAGACUGGGAAGAGAGGUAGGUAAAGUUUCCUUUCUCUCUAGCAGCACCUCUGGCUUCUCCUCGCUUGGAGUCAAUCCUUGAGAGCUAGACAUUGGAUUGGGAAUACUGUUGGCCUCCGUUGUUAUCUUUUCAUCAUCUUUGUUUUCUAUAGCCUGCACCACUUCCUUCACAUGCAUAGUUUCUUCAGGUGCUGUCUUUAAUUUGGUUAGAGGUUCAUGCUCGUCAUUAAUGAUGGACGACGGCAAAUUUUCAGGUGGUAGAAGCUCAUUCUGGGUUUUGGUGCCAUUGAUAUCAUUGUUAGCAGCGGUAUUGGAUUUGGCCUCAGCUUUUGGUUGAAGUUCUUGUUGAGGUGCCAUAAGGUUUGGUUUGUUUGAUGGGGAAUUAGGAGGCUUUUUGGGAGAAUUCGAGGAUGUUUGCUUAGAGGUUGAACGAGAUAGGGAACGUGUCUGUGGAGUGGAGGAGGCCUUAGAGUUAUGAGACGGUGAUGGAGGCUUGAUUGGUGAAGCUUGUGGGGCCAGGCGAGAUGGAGAUGAUGAAGUCUGAGGAGGUGAUUUGGAUUUAUUUGAUAAAGACGCGGGUUUGAUGGGAGUUGAUGGUGAUGAGGUUUUAGUCUCGUUUGGAGGACUAAUUUUUUGCAUGCUUGGUGUUGGAGGUGGAGAGUUGGAAUUUGGAGGCCUGCCGCUAACUUUUUCGGUUGUUGGCGGAGGAUUAGUAGUCGAUGGUGGUUGUGGAGGACUUUGAGUUUCGGCUGGAAGGUUGGUGGUGGUUGUCUGGCGGCUAACUGGUCGGGAUUGAGCAGCUGGGGUGAGAUUAGUAGUCGAUGGUGGUCGUGAAGGACUUUGAAUUUCGGCUGGACGAUUGGUGGUUGCCUGGCGGCUAAUGGGCCGGGAUUGAGGUGUGGGCCUAGCGGCUGGAGGAGAAUUGGUGGUGGCCGGUGGUGGGGAUGGUGUUUGGGUUCGCCUGGUGGGCCAAAAACGGAAGGAGUACGAUUGUCUUCUAUCUGCCAUGGAUGAGAAAAUAGGGCUAGUUUUUUUUUUUUUUCNGAUAGUG